AUGGCGCAACUCAGCACCCCCAAGUUGCCUUAUCGCGACAUUAAUGUCAAGAUCGCCAACGACUCUUAUACUUUUACUUCGCCUUCGUCUCCCGAUGCGCCCGCCCUGGUAAUCGAUCGUCCUACUGGUGAUGUCCGCCUGAGUGAAGGCAGCGCCGCAUCAGCCAAGAGGACAACUCGCGUCUCGAGUAUCGCUGGUAUUCUGGGAAUUAUUCAGCUUCGCCUUGACAAGUAUGUCAUCUUCAUCACGAAAGCCCAGCCUGUUGGCCGUCUCAAAGGCCACAUGGUGUAUAAGGUGGCUGCCACGGAGAUCCUACCCAUGCGCGAGCGCUUGAUUCACGACCCCGACGAAGACAUCUUCAUUCAGCUUCUCAAGAACUUUUUGGCUUCAGGGCCUAUGUGCUUUUCGUAUUCCAUCGAUCUUACCAACUCCUUCCAACGUCAGGCCCAGGCCGACACUUCCAAGCCCCUGUGGAUGCAGGCCGACGAUCGUUUCUUCUUCAACAAGUAUCUCCAGGGCGAUUUCAUCGACUUCCGCACCCGAGGCGCUCGAUCACAGCCUGGCGCACAGCCCGGCGUUGACCCAUAUAUCCUACCAUGCAUCUUCGGCAUGCUUGAAAUCAAGCCUACCACAUUCAAGGGCAACCCCUUGACUCUGGCUCUUAUUACCCGCCGAUCCCGCCACCGUGGUGGUACCAGGUACUUUACUCGAGGUGUAGAUGAUGAAGGACACGUCGCCAACUAUAAUGAGACGGAACAAAUCAUCAUCCUCAACGACAGUAGCAGCGGGCUGGGCGGAUACGCAGGCAGUUCGGACAUGCAGAGCGGCAAGUUUGGCGCUGGCGCCGGUCAAGAGAUGCAGAUAUUCUCUUAUGUCCAGACCCGUGGUAGCGUUCCUACAUUUUGGGCUGAAAUCAACAGCUUGCGAUAUGUUCCCAAGCUCCAAAUCCGCGGCGUCGACGCUGCCUUCUCCGCUGCCCAGAAACACUUCGACGAGCAAAUUCGCUUAUAUGGUGACAACUAUCUCAUCAACUUGGUCAACCAGAAGGGUCGCGAGCAGCGCGUCAAGCAAUCGUACGAGCAGAUGGUGGAGAAGCUUGUUUCUUCUCCUAAGGAGCGGCAAGAGGCAGACCUGCUCACUGAGGAGAAGUUCACCACAAUUCAGCCGGAGGGCAAACGCCAAGAGUUUGACCGGCUGCACUAUGUCUACUUUGACUACCACAGCGAGACGAAGGGCAUGAAGAUGCACAAGGCUUACGCUCUUAUUGAGAAGCUGGCCGAUGCAUUGGAGAAGCAGGGCUACUUCCGUGCCGUUGAUACCCCAUCCAGCGUUGACGGUAGCCUCGACGCCCGUAGCUACCAGACGAGUGUCAUGCGUACAAACUGCAUGGACUGUCUCGACCGAACGAACGUUGUCCAGAGCAUGUUCGCUCGGCAUAAGCUUGACCGCAUCUUUGAGGAUGUUGGCUUCAUGCCCCGCGGCUCUUCAUUCCGUGACGAGGACCCUGCCUUUGAGGAUCUGUUCCGUAAUCUCUGGGCCGACAACGCUGAUGUUGUCUCCAACUCAUAUGCUGGCACUGGUGCCAUGAAGACUGAUGUCACACGUACUGGUAACCGAACCAAAGUCGGAGCCCUUCAGGAUGCCCGUAUUGGUAUCACACGUUAUUUCCGUAACAACUUCCUCGACGGACCGCGACAAGAUUCUUUUGAUCUUUUCCUUGGUGCUUACCGGCCAGGCUCAACCAAUAUCGGCACGACUCUGGUCUUCACUGACCGUCGACCGGUCUUGAUCCAGGCUAUCCCCUAUAUCCUUGCCUUCAGUGUCUUUAUUGUAUUCAUUGGUCUGUUUACCCGCCGAGACCCAGAGGCAAGCGCCCUGCCUCUUCGUAUCUUCCUUUUCUUCUGGAUGGCUAUUGCUGCCUGGUCUUUCUACUUUGUCUGGAAUCACGGUAUGCUCUAUGUUAACUGGCCACGCCUCAACCCUAGGCCAUUUGCUGUCGAGGGCUACAAUGAGCAUUUCGCCAAGGCGCGCAAGGACUCUGUAAUUGGAACCUAUGUGGCGAAACACGAGAGGGGGCUCAGCACAGCCCGAUACCUCAAUGCCGAGGAGGGCAAGAAGAGGAUUGAAUAG